AUGUUUUUUAUUUUUCUUAUACUUUAUUGUGUGACAAUAUGUGGAAACCUCCUGAUCAUCACACUGGUGUCCUACAGCAAAUCCCUCCAUUCCCCCAUGUACUUCUUUCUCUCCAAUCUGUCUAUAUUGGAUAUCUUACUGGCAACUGAUAUUCUUCCCAACAUGAUCCAUACUGUCUUGGUAAAACAAUCUGCCAUGAAAUUUUCUGAUUGCCUCGCUCAAUUUUUGUUCUUUCUGAUCGUAGAAUCUUCAGAAUCUCUUCUUCUGACAGUGAUGAGUUGGGACAGAUAUUUGGCCAUCUGUAAACCAUUACAUUAUAAUUUGACAAUGAACCCCGAUCGUUGCUGUAUAUUGAUUAUUAUCUGUUGGACUUUAAGUGUUUUAAUUGUGGUGGUGCAUACUUUCAAUGUAGCUCAACUGCAGUUUUGUGGUCCCAACACAGUUGACCAUUUUUUCUGUGAUCUGGAUCCAAUUCUUAAACUUUCCUGCUCAGAUACUGCAAUUAUUCAACUAGAAGUAACAUUGUUGACUGCUUUCUUUGGUAUCAUCCCAUUUGUCUAUAUCAUUGUAUCAUAUAUUAUUAUCAUAGCCACUAUUCUUAAAAUUCCCUCCAUUACUGGAAGGAAGCAGGUUUUCUCAACAUGCAGUUCCCAUCUGACUGUUGUCUGUAUCUAUUACGGAAACAUAGCUUGUGUAUAUUUGGUACCCAGUGGAGGACAGUCCGCCAGUGGAGGACAGUCAGAGAACAUUACUAAGUACUUAUCACUGUCCUAUACUGUAGUCACUCCACUGGUAAAUCCUCUUAUAUACACUUUAAGGAAUAAAGACCUGACCUGA